AUGCAUCCUCUUAUACUUCUCGCGCUGUUCCCUUUAGCCGAAGCCAAAGGAUGGCUCAGUCCUGUUUAUAAGAACUUUUUCGAGUUUCCAUUACCAAUUCCGCCUAUCGCCAAGCCAGUCAAGACGUACGACAACAUCGACUACUAUGAGAUUGAUAUCAAGCCUGUUGAUAUCGAAAUCUACCCUGGCAAGAAAGCACGCCAUGUUGGGUACAACGGUAUCGUUCCUGGACCAACCUUCAAGAUGCAACAAGGUCGCGAGGCCGUUGUUCGGUUCAUCAACCAUGCAGAUCGUGCAAACUCUGUUCACCUUCACGGAUCAUAUAGUCGCGCUCCCUUUGAUGGCUGGGCUGAAGACACUACUGAGCCUGGAGAAUACAAGGACUAUUACUACCCUAACGCUCAAGCCGCAAGAACUCUGUGGUACCACGAUCACGCUGUUGGACAUACUGCUGAGAACGCGUACUACGGUCAAGCUGGGUUUUACAUUCUGGAAGAUGCCCAGAAGAACUCUCUUAAGUUGCCAUCAGGCGACUACGACAUCCCUCUCGCCUUAGCAGCCAAGCGCUACAAUGCUGAUGGCACGCUCUGGGAUCCUGAAGCCAAUGGAGAGACUACCAGUGUCUUUGGUGAUGUAAUUCAGGUUAACGGUCAGCCUUGGCCAUAUCUUGCUGUUGAGCCUCGCAAGUAUCUCUUCCGCUUCCUCGAUACUUCGAUCAGUCGUUCUUUCCAGCUGUAUGCAGAGGCAGACAAGAAUGUCGGCACUCGCAUUCCAUUCACAGUUAUCGGCUCAGAUGCAGGUCUCCUUGCUAGUCCGGUCGACACUACUCAACUCGACAUCUCCAUGGCUGAGAGAUGGGAAGUCGUUUUUGACUUUUCUGGUUACGCUGGCCAGAACAUCACACUCAAGAACACCGGCAAGGUCGCUGCUGAUGAUGACUACGAUGGUACUGACAGAGUGAUGCGUUUCAUGGUCGGCAACUCCGUGAGUGACACCUCUAACAACGGACCCCUUCCAUCCACACUACGCAAUGUUCCUCUGCCACCACCAAAGACCGGGGUCGAUCGCAAGUAUACAUUCAUGCGUAGCAAUGGAGAGUGGCAAGUCAACGGUGUCACUUGGGCCGACGUCGCAGACAGAGUCAUUGCAAAGCCUGAACGCGGCGCUGUUGAGCUCUGGGAACUAGAGAACAGUUCGGGAGGAUGGUCGCACCCGAUCCACAUCCAUCUUAUUGACUUCCAAGUCGUUGGUCGCACUGGCGGAACUCGCGGUGUCCUUCCUUAUGAGCAAACUGCAUUGAAAGAUGUAGUGUGGCUUAAUAAGAAUGAAAAGGUUCAGGUCCUUGCUCGCUAUGGCCCUUGGGACGGACUCUAUAUGUUCCACUGCCACAACUUGAUCCACGAAGAUCACGACAUGAUGGCCGCGUUGAAUGUCACAGCUCUCAAGGAUCUCGGGUACGAUGAGAAGACGUCCUUCAUUGAUCCCAUGGAACCCAAAUACCGUGCCAAAAAGUUCAGCGAGGAAGACUAUGCCAACCGCGACGGUGACUUUGAGGAUGAGAAGAUCACGAAGAAGUGUAAGGACUUCCAAGACAUGGAUGCUUACAAGAGUGUGAAGGAGGUUGAGGAGAAGCUCGAAGCGUACUGGGAUGACAGAAAGACCAAGACCACACUGGAGACCCAGACUUCAUCCAGCAGCAGUGCUUCGAGCGGUUCUUCCGUCCCUACGGCUACCUCGAGUGCUGCGUCUUCUGCAACAUCUACCACGGUGGUCUCCUCGACCACCAAGUCCAGCAGCACAACAGGAAGCACACUCAUCACCUCAGCAAGUUCGAAGACGACCUCUUCGACGAAGAGUGAUGACAAGGGUGGCAAGAAAACUACAACCACAAAAAAGUAGACUAUGCAUGUUUCAAAGUGUUUGGAGUUAUGAUUCAAAUAAUC